UCCACGCAGCACUGAUUUUGACAAGCGAUAUCUCACAUUUGGAUGUCGGCUGCGUGCUAAACUGGAACCUUGUAGGCCACUGAGUAUACUGGCAUACCUGUCGUCACUCCAGCCUCAUAUCCCCAGAUUCAAAAUCGAUGGAUGACCAUGACUAUCAAAUGGAGAAACUUAAUCAUCACUUCCAUCUCAAUGACCAAAACAGCCAAUCGUAUCAUCUUGAGUGCCCAACGUGCUAUACACACCGUGAACACAGUGUCUCCAACAAACCCACAAUCUAUCAAGUCUUCAUCGUAUCCCCACACAUACUGCCCCCUAUUACCACCCAAUCAUACGCGAGCCAUCCCCAGGUUCAGACAAAGUAGAAGUGGAGACGAUCAAACACACGAUGACUUCUUAUCCACCUUAUCUCCAUUAGUGAGCCACAAACUGCGAGAGAAGCGGCCCACAAUUCCCACAAUUAAACAACGAGUCAAGUCUGGUCUGGGAAAGCAAAGCCUAAGAUCUCACCUCUGGACUCACGAUCUGCAUUCAUUUAAAAUGCGCUAACCAGUUUCGAACAGGGCAGCCUCGUUUCCUUCUGGCAAUAUUGCGGCGCUGGCAAUAAUGUCAUGGUAGUGUUGAGUAGUGAGAAAAUUGGUUGCAAAAACCAGAGUCAGCGCCAGAGUAUUGCG